UUUUUUUCUUACUUCUUUUUUCUCAUUCUCUUCUUUUCUCUCUUUGUCAUUCUCAUUCUCUUUGUUUCAUUCCCUUAUUCGAGAAUCAUAAAACUCGAAUCCCUUAUACAUUCAUCUUUCUAAAGUCAAGUUUCACUUACCAAACAUGUCUCUGAUGCAACCGCCUGCCCUGCCGCCUCCAGUCAAUAAUGCAACUAAACCAAAAAGAUCUGUUUCAUUCUUGCAGCAGGCCGUUAUUUCUGGUAGCGACUCUGACACUUCUGCGAGUCCUAGUGGGCACAUCCGAUCCUCGUUUCAACCUGGGAACCGAAAGGGUUAUGUUCGAAAGGAUCCUGUUCAAUCGGAUAGCGAGGCUGAUGAUGACAAUGAUGAAGACAACGUUCUCAAUGAACAUGACCAGGAGAGCGAAAACGAAGAUGACGAUAGUUCUGUGAAAGAGCAUCAUGUGGCAGUACCUUCUCUGAGCCCAAAUCAGACUCUCCAACAACAAGGCCCCGGAAGAGCAUCAGGACGACCAGGACGACUAGGACAAAACUAUGUCCGCAAAGCUCCUCUUAACUCUGACACAGAGACAGAUGAGGAUGAUGAAGAGAAACGAAAACCUGUGCAGUCAACACUGAAGGAGAUAGACAACACCGAUAGUAGGAAAGAUAAUAAUGAGAUCCACAGCGAAGAUGAUCUUGAAAAAGAUGUUGAGGAGAUUUCUCGUUCAAUUGCUCAGUCCCGGAUUUCAAAACCAGGGCAGAACUACGUCCGCAAGGCACCUGUCAACUCGGAUACUGAAUCAGAUGAGGAGCAACCAAGCCAGAAAACAAAAGACGCAUUUACCAAGCCUGCGGUCGAGCCUCCUACAUCGCCUUCGCAACUCGACUUUACGUCGCCACAGGAGAAUGUCAAUAUUGUGCCUGCCCAUUCUACCCUUGGCACGGUGCCACAAAGCAUUGUAAACAGUCCAACGGUCGGAAUGAGUAUGAGCAAUCCAAGCAGUUCGAGCUUGAAUAGUUUGAAUAGCUUGAAUGGUGCAACGGCUGUGCCAAAUGUAGCUAAUCCAAUGUCGAUCUAUCAGCAACAGCAGCAAGAAAUGUUGCUUAUUAUGCAGCAGCAGCAAAUCCAGAUAGCCACGAUGCACCAACAGCAACAAGCAUAUCAACUCCUCAUGCUUCAACAACAGCAGCAGCACCAACAGCAACUUCAAGCCAUACAAAUUCAACAUUCACAAUCUCCUGGCUCUAAUGGAUCAAUAAACGCCGCUAAUGAUGACGAUGAUGACGAUCUUCCAUUGGGUGAAAAGAAAGAGCAGUUACCACAGGUCCCAGCAUUUAUGAGAGCACCGCCUCUGCAGCAUGCUCCUAUGGUCCAUUUGUCUCCAGACGCUCAGUCCUCAACCCUCUCACUCCCUUUCUCAGCCUCACGCCCAUACUCCACUCCACUACAACACUUAGAUCUCCAGCAUACCAGACAACCAUCAACCUCAUCUAUCCAUUCUUUGAAUUCUGUUCACUCUGCCACUUCAAUCCCUCAAGCCCUUCUCCAACCAACUUCUACACCUUCACCAAUGUUGUCAGCACAGCAGCUCCACCAUCCACUUCAACAUCAAUAUCCACUUGCAAAUCCACAACCCAGGUUCCCUGAUUAUGCUGGGGAAGAACAAUUCGGAGGGCUGGCUGGAGCAGGAGGUCCUCAGCUUCUCACUAGCGGUUUUCCUGCUGGAUAUCGUGGCAGUCUCGGAUCAGCAUCAUUCGCUCAUUUGAAUCUUGACCGUAUGUCAGUCAAUUCACUUCACUCUGCAGGUUCUAAUGGUUCCAACAAUGGUGGGUUGGGACAGAAACCUAACACGACUAGACACUCCCUUUUGCCACAUUUCCCUCAGCAAACCCUUUUACAAUCCAUCUCUCCUUCUAUAUCCACACUACCGUCACAUCCACAUUUGCACCAUACUUUGAUUCAUGUUGAGGCGAAACCGCCACCACCGCAGACUGGUCUUGUUGGCACCAUCUCUGCUAUGGAGCGUGAAAAGAAGCUUGCCAAGGCGCAAGGUACCAACCAACUUCAAUAUCAGCACCAGUACCAGCAGCAGCAAAUGAUGCUCAAUGCGGAAAAGGAACGAUGGUUACAAGAACAGCGGCGUAUGGCAUGGGAGACAGAACAAUCACAGCAACAACACCAAUACCUACAGCUACAACAGUUGCAACAACUACACUUACAACAGCAACAACAACAAUUGCAUCCAUCUCAAUACAUGUUACCAACUAUCCCCACUAUGCCUUCAUGGACAGUUGCAGACGAUGAAGAUGACGAUCGACCUCUUGGAGCCCAAUAACCCAAUAGUCCAAUAAAGAAGGAUAGAACUAAAAUUCGCCAUGAUUUUUAAAUUUAAAGUUAAUUUUUUUGAUUUUGAAACAUUAAAACUGCGG